AUGGGUGGGAGAAGUUCGACACCAGCAGUAAGCAGUGAAGCUGAAGAGAAGUCUGCCAAGGAAGAAGGAAACCUCUCAAAUCUAACUGUGUCAGGAAAAACCACACUUGACAUUGCCAUCACAGGGAUAUCAGGUGCUGGCAAAUCGUCCCUUGUCAAAACCUUGCGGGGUCUAUCAGAUUUUGGUGAUGAGGCAGCCAGUACUGAUGUGAUAGAAGGAACAACAGAGCCAAUGGGUUACCCGCACCCCACCUUUCCAGAUGUCACAAUAUGGGACCUACCAGGAAUUGGGACACCUAAUUUUAAAGCCCAGGAAUACCUAGAAAGGGUAAAUUACAGCCAAUAUGAUUUCUUCAUAAUUGUUGCUUCAAAUCGCUUCACUGUCGAUGACAUCCAGCUGUCCCAUGCAAUUCAGAAAAUGAAGAAGCGGUUCUACUAUGUGAGGUCCAAAAUUGACAUCAGCAUUAGGAAUGAAAAACUGCGUCCAGACUUCACUGAGGAAGCAACCCUUCAAAAAGUCAGGAAGCAUUGCCUGGAUAAUUUGGUGAAGGCUGGUAUUUCUUCUCCGGAGAUUUUCCUCGUCUCCAGUUGGUAUCGGGAAAAGCACGACUUCCCCCUCCUGCAAAGUUCCUUAGAGAAGGAAAUCAAGGCUCUGAGGAGACCUACCUUGAGACCAGCUGACAAAUCGACCAAGCCAUCCAAAGGAAGUGGAAUUCAUUUCAGACUCCUCCAAAAAGUCUUAAAUAUUGACCUGGCAAAGCUGAGAGAUGAUCUGAUGCACGGAAAUCUUGAAGAGGUGACUAAGGAAAUUAAUCAAGAAUUGGAUGAAUUACAAAAUGCCAAGCUUGACAUUGCCAUCACAGGAGUCUCGGGUGCUGGCAAAUCAUCCCUUGUCAAUGUCCUAAUGGGCAUGACUGAUUUUGAAGAAGGUGCAGCUGAGGUUGGAAUAAUGCAAACAACUAUGGAGUGUCAAGCCUAUCCACAUCCCUUAUUUCCGAAUGUAACCAUAUGGGAUCUACCAGGAAUAGGAACACCUGAUUUUAGACCAAAGGAUUACCUAGAGCAGGUCAAUUUUAACCACUAUGAUUUCUUCAUAAUUGUCACCUCAGAACGGUUCACUGAGAAUGACGUCCUCCUGGCCCGGGAAAUUACAAAAAUGAAGAAGAAAUUUUACUUUGUGCGCUCCAAAAUGGAUGACAGUAUAGCUGCUGAAAGUAGGGAUCCAAAUUUCAAUAUGGACAAAUCCCUUCAGAAGAUACAAAAAUAUUGCUGUGAUAACCUGACUAAGGUAGGAGAAUCUAAUCCAAGGGUUUUCCUCAUCUCCAGGAGAGAUCUGAAUAUGUAUGAUUUCCCAGAUCUGCAAAAAACCAUGGAAAAUGACCUGGAUGAUCUCAAGAGACAUGCUUUAAUUCUGGCUUUGCCAGUUUUUUCAAGAGGAAUCCUGGAGAAAAAAAAGGCUGCUAUGGAGAGCCUUAUAUGGAAAUUUGCUAUUGUAUCCUGUGUUAUCGGGGUGAUUCCUGUCCCAGGACUUUCUUUGGCUUGUGAUCUUGGCAUCUUGGUGGGUGUGCUGCUCCAUUUCUACAAAGUCUUUGGCUUGGAUGAAAAGUCCCUCCGCAGAGUUGCACAAUUGGUUGGCAAAGAUUACCUAGUGCUGAAAUCUGCUAUCAAAAAGUCUCCAAUGUCCAGAGAGAUUACACUUGAAUUUGUAACUGGCCUCUUGAGCCGGUCAUCACUUUGUUUUAGUCUGACAGUAACAGAACUGGUCCUAGAUUUCAUACCAGUGUUGGGCUCUCUGUUUGGAGGAGUUAGUUCCUUCGUCACCACAUUCUUCAUGCUGAGGAGCUUCCUGAAGGAUAUUGUGGAAGAUGCGGAGAAUGUUCGGGCAAAAGCUACUGAGCCUUGACCAUCACAAAGACCCAAGACACCAAUUGGGAGAGUCCCAGGUGCAAAAUGUGUGGAAUCCUGUGCAGGACUAGAACUCAAGCAUGAAUGAAAAAGGAAAUUGGAUUCGAAUUUCAGAUCAGAAGCUUAUUUUUCUGUUAACUGA